AUGGCAAGAAGGAAGUUUACCAAACUGGAGAUUAUGCUCAGUGUCCUUCUGCUGGUGGUGUUUAUCAUUGCCAUUGCUCUAAUUGUGGUUUUAGCCACAGGGUCUUCAGGAUCAGAAGCCCCAGAUCCAAGUGUCCCUCCUGGCUCUGUAGAGUGCCCUGUGGUAAAUGAAGCAGAGCGUAUCAACUGUAUCCCUGACCAGUCACCAACAAAGGCCACAUGUGACCAGCGAGGCUGCUGCUGGAACCCUCAGGGAGCCAUAAGCAUCCCCCAGUGCUACUAUUCCAAAAGUCAUGGCUAUCAGGCAGAGGGUGACCUCGUGGACACGAGGGCAGGGUUCACAGCUCAGCUGAGGAGGCUGCCUUCUCCAUCUCUGUUUGGAAGUGAGGUCGACAACAUCAUUCUCACGGCAGAAUACCAGACAUCCAAGCGAUUCCACUUUAAGUUAACUGACCAGAAGAAGGACAGGUAUGAAGUGCCCCAUGAACACGUUCAACCUUUCCAAGGAAAUGCUUCUUCUUCCUUGUCCUACCAAGUGGAUGUCUCCAAACAGCCAUUCAGCAUCAAAGUGAGCCGCCAGAGCAACAACCGUGUUCUGUUUGACUCAAGCAUUGGGCCCCUGCUCUUCACCGACCAGCUCCUGCAGCUCUCCAUCCGCCUGCCCAGUGCCAACGUAUAUGGGCUGGGAGAACACGUGCACCAGCAGUACCGCCAUGAUAUGAACUGGAAGACCUGGCCCAUCUUUGCCAGGGACACGACUCCCAAUAGGGAUGGAACGAACCUGUACGGAGCGCAGACUUUCUUCCUGUGCCUUGAAGACGCCAGUGGCUCGUCCUUCGGGGUGUUUCUGAUGAACAGCAACGCCAUGGAUGUUGUCCUCCAGCCUGCCCCUGCAAUCACCUACCGCACCACUGGGGGCAUUCUAGACUUCUAUGUGUUCUUGGGAGACACUCCAGAGCAAGUUGUUCAAGAGUAUCUAGAGCUCAUUGGUCGACCAGUCCUUCCCUCAUACUGGGCUCUUGGGUUUCAUCUCAGCCGUUAUGACUAUGGAACACUCAGCAACAUGAAAGAAGUUGUGGAGAGAAACCGGGCAGCAGGGCUUCCUUACGAUGUUCAGCAUGCCGAUAUUGAUUACAUGGACCAGAGGAGGGAUUUCACCUAUGACCCUGUCAAUUAUAAAGGCUUCCCGGAGUUUGUUAAGGACUUACACAAUAAUGGAACGAAGUUGGUCAUCAUUGUGGAUCCAGCCAUCUCCAACAACUCUUCCUCAAGCAACCCGUACGGCCCUUAUGACAGGGGCUUGGAGCAAAAGAUAUGGGUGAACACUUCAGAUGGAGUGACUCCACUCAUUGGGGAGGUCUGGCCAGGAAAAACUGUGUUUCCUGAUUACACCAAUCCCAAGUGUGCUGUUUGGUGGGCAAAGGAAUUUGAGCUCUUCCACAGUCAACUGGAAUUUGAUGGGAUAUGGAUUGAUAUGAAUGAAGUCGCCAACUUUGUUGAUGGUUCAGUUUCAGGAUGCUCCACCAACAAUCUGAAUUAUCCCCCAUUCACCCCCAGGGUCCUGGAUGGGUACCUGUUCAGCAAGACCCUCUGCAUGGAUGCCGUGCAGCACUGGGGCAAGCAGUAUGAUGUCCACAACCUAUAUGGCUACUCCAUGGCGAUUGCCACAGCCGAAGCUGUCAAGACUGUUUUCCCCAAUAAGAGAAGCUUCAUCAUAACCCGCUCUACCUUUGUGGGGUCUGGCAAGUUUGCAGCCCAUUGGCUAGGGGACAACGCGGCCACCUGGGAUGACCUUCGAUGGUCCAUCCCUGGGGUGCUCGAGUUCAACCUUUUUGGUAUUCCAAUGGUGGGUCCUGACAUCUGUGGCUUUGCGAUGAACACCUCUGAGGAGCUCUGCAGGAGGUGGAUGCAGCUAGGAGCGUUCUAUCCGUUUUCCCGGAAUCACAAUGGACAAGGCUACAAGGACCAGGACCCCGCCUCCUUCGGAACCGACUCCCUGCUGCUGAACUCCUCCAGACACUACCUGAGCAUCCGGUAUACCCUGCUGCCUUACCUCUACACCCUCUUCUACCGGGCACACACCCGCGGGGACACCGUGGCCCGGCCGCUGCUGCACGAGUUCUACAAUGACAACAGCACUUGGGGCGUGCAUCGGCAGUUUCUGUGGGGGCCGGGCCUCCUCAUCACCCCAGUUUUGGAUGAGGGUGCGGAGAAAGUGCCAGCUUAUGUGCCUGAUGGCGUCUGGUAUGACUACGAGACUGGGGCCCGGCUACAGUGGAGGAAGCAGCAGGUAGAGCUGGACCUUCCCGGAGACAAAAUUGGACUGCACCUGCGAGGCGGCUACAUCUUCCCCACCCAGCAGCCCAGCACCACCACCGAGGCCAGUCGACGGAACCCGCUUGGCCUUAUCAUUGCCCUAGAUGAGAAGAGAGAAGCCAAAGGGGAACUUUUCUGGGAUGACGGGGAAACCAACGACACUGUGGCCAAAGACAUGUAUCUCUUCUGUGAGUUUUCUGUCUCCCAGAACCACUUGGAUGUGAAGAUUUCACACUCAACCUACAAAGACCCCAAUAAUUUGGCAUUUAAGGAGAUUAAAAUCUUUGGGAUCCAGCAACUUGCCAACAUUACAGUGAAGCACAAUGGUGUCCCAAGUCAGACUUCCCCUAAAAUCACGUAUGACCCUAACCUCCAGGUGGCCAUUAUCACAGAGCUUAACCUUGUCCUGGGAGAGGCAUACACAGUGGAGUGGCAUAUAAGUGAUGCAGAGAAAAUUGACUGCUACCCUGAUGAGCAAGGAGCCUCUGCAGAGAACUGCACAGCCCGUGGCUGUGUCUGGGAGGAAUCCAGUACCCAGGGAGUCCCUUUGUGCUAUUUCGUCAGUGAUCUCUACUCUGUCAGUGGUGUUCAGUAUGAUGCACAUGGGGCCACCGCUGACAUCUCCUUAAAGGCUGCUCUUUAUGCCAACGCCUUCCCAUCAACCCCUGUGGCCAACCUCCGCCUGACCGUCACCUACCAUAAAGAUACCAUGCUGCAGUUCAAGAUUUACGAUCCCAACAACAAGCGGUAUGAAGUCCCAGUGCCUCUCAACAUACCCCAGGUGCCGUCUAGCACCUCUGAGGGGCGGCUCUAUGACAUCCGCAUUAAGAACCCAUUUGGGAUUGAAAUUCGCCGGAAGAGCUCAGGCACUGUCAUCUGGGACUCACAGGUCCUUGGCUUCACCUUCAACGACAUGUUCAUUCGCAUCUCCACCCGCCUCCCCUCCCAGUACCUCUAUGGCUUUGGGGAAACUGAGCACACGGCUUUCCGGAGAGACCUGAACUGGAACACAUGGGGCAUGUUCUCCCGGGACCAGCCCCCAGGGUACAAGAAGAACUCCUAUGGUGUGCACCCCUACUACAUGGCACUGGAGGGGGAUGGCAGUGCCCACGGAGUGCUUCUGCUCAACAGCAAUGCCAUGGAUGUAACGUUCCAGCCCAUGCCUGCCCUGACAUAUCGCACCACAGGGGGAGUUCUGGACUUUUAUGUAGUCUUGGGGCCAACCCCAGAGCUUGUCACUCAGCAGUACACUGAGCUGAUCGGCAGGCCUGUGAUGGUGCCUUACUGGUCCCUGGGGUUUCAGCUGUGUCGCUAUGGAUACCAGAAUGACACAGAGAUUGCCAACUUGUAUGAUGACAUGGUGGCUGCUCGGAUCCCCUACCUGUACCGAGCUCACGUGGCCUUCCCGGACUUUUUCCGGAAUUCCACUAUCACGUGGUGGAAGAGGGAGCUGAGAGAGCUGUACACCAACCCACAGAGUCCAGAGAAAAGCUUGAAGUACGAUGGCAUGUGGAUUGACAUGAAUGAGCCUUCGAGCUUUGUGAAUGGGGCCGUCCCUCCAGGCUGCAAGGAUUCCACCCUGAACCACCCUCCCUACAUGCCAGCUCUGGAGUCCCGGGACAGGGGCCUGAGCAGCAAGACGCUGUGCAUGGAGAGUGAGCAGGUGUUGGCGGACGGCUCCCGGGUUCGACACUAUGAUGUGCACAACCUGUAUGGCUGGGCGCAGACCAGGCCCACCUAUGAGGCUGUGCAGGAGGUGACGGGGCAGCGAGGCAUUGUCAUCACCCGCUCCACCUUCCCCUCCUCUGGCCGCUGGGGAGGACACUGGCUGGGUGACAACACCGCUGCUUGGGACCAGCUGAAGAAAUCCAUCAUUGGCAUGAUGGAGUUCAGCCUCUUUGGCAUAUCCUAUACGGGAGCAGAUAUUUGUGGGUUCUUUAACGAUGCAGAGUAUGAAAUGUGUGUCCGCUGGAUGCAGCUGGGGGCCUUCUACCCUUUCUCCAGGAACCACAACACCAUUGGCACCAAGGCACAAGAUCCUGUGUCCUGGGAUACCACCUUUAAGGACAUCUCCAGGACUGUCCUGGAGACCAGAUACACUCUACUGCCAUACCUCUACACCCUGAUGCACCAGGCCCAUGCUGAGGGCAGUACCGUCGUCCGACCCCUUCUCCAUGAAUUUGUGUCAGACCGGGAGACCUGGGAUGUCGACAGUCAGUUCCUGCUGGGCCCUGCUUUCCUGGUCAGCCCCGUCCUGGAGCCUCUCGCCAGGACCGUCACUGCGUAUUUCCCUAAAGCCCGCUGGUAUGAUUACUACACGGGUGUGAACAUUAACAUCAGUGGCGAGUGGAGGAGGCUGCCAGCCCCUCUUGAACACAUCAAUCUCCACGUGCGUGGGGGCUACAUCCUGCCCUGGCAGGAGCCCGCGCUGAACACCUACCUGAGCCGCCAGAAAUUCAUGGGCUUCAAGGUUGCCUUGGAUGACGCAGGCACUGCUGAGGGCUGCCUCUUCUGGGAUGAUGGGCAGAGCAUUGAUACCUUUGAAAAUGGGCUCUAUUACUUGGCCAACUUUUCUGCCAGCCAGAAUACACUGAAGAGUCAGAUAAUUUUCAAUAACUACACCGUUGACACAAACGAUUUGAAACUGGGCUAUGUGGAGAUCUGGGGAGUGGGCAGUGUCCCCAUCACCAGUGUCAGCGUCUCUGUAACUGGCACGACUAUCACACCAAACUUCAACUACAACGCUGCAACAGAGGUGUUGAUGGUGAACAUGACCAGCCACAACGUCAGCGUGCCGCAGUUCAUUUCAUUGACGUGGGCGAGCACGCCAUGA